CUCCAUCCCAUCCCGUCCCCCCAAUUUACAGCCCCCAACCCCGCUCGCUGGGCUGAUAAGCACAAAACCCUACAGCGAGUUGUGAAGCAGGAGCAACACGGUAAUCGUGCUUCACUUCCAUGCAGGACUGUUAUCUAUCUCAUCAAACAUGUUCCAAUUGCCAUUGUCGCAUCUACUCUGGGUUUCCGUCCCUCUUUUCAUGUUGUCCUUUUGCCUAACCAUGACUGGGUAGGAGGGGUUUUUUUUUUCCCCCUUCUUUCUUGGGAUGGGAUACCCAAAGUAGAAGUCCCGAACUAUUUUUCUUCGAAUUUAGACACCAAGGACGGGAGCAUUCGGAACCACAAUUUGGGUUUGAUAAAACAGUGGAUAAGUCAUCACAUAACCAGGGAAAAGUGAAAACCUAGAUGGACCAGGAAAACCAGAUAGACACAAUAGGA